AUGCGCCCGCCGGGCCGCCGCGGGGUCCCCACGGCUCGCCCCGCGCUGCUGCUGCUGCUGCCGCCGCUGCUCGUGCCGCUGCUGGGGGCGCCCCGCGGCGUGGGCGCGGGGCCGGGCGCGCCGUCCGAGCUGCGGGUCCGCGUGCGGCUGCCCGACGGCCAGGUGACCGAGGAGAGUCUGCAGGCGGACAGCGACGCCGACAGCAUCAGCCUCGAGCUGCGCAAGCCCGACGGCACCCUCGUCUCCUUCACCGCCGACUUCAAGAAGGAUGUGAAGAUCUUCAGAGCCCUGAUCCUGGGGGAGCUGGAAAAGGGACAGAGUCAGUUCCAGGCCCUCUGCUUUGUCACUCGGCUCCACCACAAUGAGAUCAUCCCCAGCGAGGCUAUGGCCAAGCUUCGGCAGAAAAACCCACGGGCAGUGCGGCAGGCUGAGGAGGAGCGUGGCCUGGAGCAGCUGCACAUGGAUAUCGCGGUCAACUUCAGCCAGGGGGGCCUGCUGAGCCCCCACCUCCACAACGUGUGUGCCGAGGCCGCAGAAGCCAUCUACACCCGCCAGGAGGAUGUCCGAUUCUGGCUGGAGCAAGGUGUGGACAGCUCUGUGUUCGAGGCUCUGCCCAAGGCCUCAGAGCCGGCGGAGCUGCCUCGCUGCCGGCAGGUGGGGGACCGCGGGAAGCCCUGUGUCUGCCGCUACGGCCUGAGCCUGGCCUGGUACCCCUGCAUGCUCAAGUACUGCCACAGCCGCGACCGGCCUGCACCCUACAAGUGCGGCAUCCGUAGCUGCCAGAAGAGCUACAGCUUCGACUUCUACGUGCCCCAGAGGCAGCUGUGUCUCUGGGAUGAGGACCCCUAGCCAGGCUGGGGUGAGGGGUGGAUCUAGGGGUGCUGCUCUGGCCCCACUGCUCCUCCCCCAGCCACUAGAGGGGGUGGCCACCCCCACCUGAGGCCUUAUUUCCCUUCCCUUCCCACCAGCCUCGCCCUGGAGCCUCUGGUCCCCCUGCCAUGACUGUGAAAGGGGUGUGGCCCAGCGGGGGCCACCCAUGAAGGCAGCCCCCACUCCCACCCCAUGCCUUCCUUGGGGUCAGAGAGGGAGAAAAGGGUUUUCCAGACUUGCACCCCUCUCCUCCCUCUCCCCUGGAGUAUUCAUUUGCAAGCAACCAAAAUGUGAUGGCCUAUGAUUCUUCUAUUGAACUCUGUAAAGGAUUAGAUCCUAAAAGGAAUCCAUGCCUGUCCCACCUCCCGCACACAACUCCGCUCCUCCCACACAUCCGGAGGGAGCUGGCCCUCUGCACCACCCACUUCCCCAACACUGAGGGCAUCAGUACCUUCAAAGAAGGGGCUGUGGGGACCGUGCCAGAGCCCCUGGACCUACUAUGACAGCACAUUCUUCUCAUUCCUGGCCCUGAGGCCGCAUGCGGGGCAGGUGGAGACCUCCCACCACCAACACAGACCAUGUGUGCCUUUCCCCAACCUGGACUUUGCCUAGAGCAGGUGCCAGCUCUUUCCCCCUCUAAACAGAAGUAUUUUUGUAAGGGUCUGGGGUGGUUUGGGGGGGAGCAUGAAGUAUGAGGAAAACUUGAAUUCCAGAUUUUUAAUGCAAAGUAUUUAUCAUUUGUACCAGAAAUAAAAGUUUAAGUUUUUACUUGA